CGUGAAUGUUUUCUACUGGAUAUUGAUAUAAUAUGCAUAAUAACAAUAUCUCUAUCGGCCGCUUCGCUGGUUCCCCUGGUGGACUUCUCGGCUUCGGAAAUUUAUCGAAUUUUGAGAAAAUGUCCUCAAUCUCUUAAUUUCCAUGUGUAGGGGAUUGUCUUUUUGUACUUUUUGUAGUAAUUAUUUUUAAUGUUAUGAUUUAAUAUGCAUUUAAGCUGUAAUUUACAUUCCUAUUAUUAAAUAAACAAUAUUAUUACACUUGAUUAACCGGCGGAAAACGCCGGCCAAAUUUGAAGGCGCCAUUGAAACGAAAUAAUCGUGAGUAUACAGUUAUUAUCAUUUUUAACAUUCGCGAUCAAUACUAAGCAAUAUCUUAUACCGGAAAAUAUUUGUUUUAUUGAAAUAUUUACGAAACAGUUUAUUUAUUUGAUAUCUAGUAUUGAUAUUUCUAUGUUAUUGUUAUUGUUUUCGUAAUUCAAUUUGAAUUUGAGAUGUUAUUAGUAUCAACAAUUUAAUAGAAUUCUUAAUAACAAUUUCGGAAUGUUUGGAGUCGUAAAUUUAAAUUGGGUAGUUAGGAGAAAUAAACCCUUUCUACCUAUUGAUAAAAUAAAAACAAACAGUUCAAGUACAGCCUUAUGUUUUUGUUUUUCUCAAACCUAUAAUCCAUAUUUGGUAUCGUUGGUCUGGGUUCUGUUUUAACACAUAUGGCGAGAAAUAUAAACUACUUAUUAUACUAAGAUAUUAGUUUAUUAUCAUACAACGGUUGUGUACUUUUUUGAAUCUUUAAAAUGGUUUAACUUUUCAUUCCACACAAAAUCUAUAACUAGUUUUUUAGGUGUUAUACUUUUUUUUCCAUCUUAGAUUCCAAUUAAAAAUGGGUUCUUCUACAUUAUAUAAGCCAUUGCUGUUUGGUAUGUCUAGUGAAAAGCAAGAAUCGUUUUUAAAAAUGAGUAUUCUGACUACUGCAGCAAUACUAUGUGAGUAAAUUUAUUUUUAUUUUAAAUAUUAAAAUAAUUUAUUGUACCUAAUAAUCAAAAAUAUAUUUAGCUUUUGCAACAAGACUUUUUUCUGUACUUCGGUUUGAAAGUGUUAUUCAUGAAUUUGAUCCAUAUUUCAACUACCGUACUACACAGUAUCUGGCUGAAGAAGGAUUUUAUAAAUUUCAUAACUGGUUUGAUGAUCGGGCAUGGUAUCCACUUGGCAGAAUAAUUGGAGGUAAUAUAUUUAAUUUUUAAAUAAUUAUGAUUUUUGAUACUAAUUAUGGAUUUAUAAUCCAUUUUGUUUUCCAGGCACAAUUUAUCCAGGAUUAAUGAUAACAUCUACUGUUCUUUACAACAUUCUUCAUUUCAUCAACAUAACUUUAGAAAUUCGAAAUAUAUGUGUAUUUUUAGCUCCUUUGUUUUCCAGUUUUACCACUAUAGUUACAUUCCUUUUGACCAAAGAGUUAAAAGAUACUCGAGCUGGUCUUUUUGCAGCUGCCAUGAUAGCCAUUGUUCCAGGAUACAUAUCACGUUCAGUUGCUGGGUCAUAUGAUAAUGAAGGUAAGAUAUUUUUAUACUGAAAAUAGUAAAAAUUAAAAUUGUUCUAAUAUUUUUUUUUUCAGCUAUUGCCAUUUUUUGUAUGCUUUUGACUUAUUAUGCAUGGAUCAAAUCUGUAAAAACUGGUAGUAUACUAUGGUCUGCAUUUACUGCACUUGCAUACUUUUAUAUGGUAAGAUAAUAUGUUUAUAUUAUACAAAUUUACAUUUAUUGACUUAUCAUGUGUAUUUCACGUUACAUUUGAUCUUAGUAGGGGUUGCGGUAUGUCUAGUAUAAGAGAAAUUGUGUUUAUGAUAUUCGGGUUAAUGUUAUAACAUACCAUUAUUUAUUUUUAAAUAAUUUGUGCUUUUUGUCCUUAGUAUUUUAUUUUACUUAUGGAUGAAUGCAUGAUUACUUUUUAAAAACAAAAUUACUCGGGUGAUAUUUAUUUUUGGUAAAUUUUUUUUUUUUCUUAAUCAUAAUUACUGUGUUAGAGAACAACCAUAGUUUCUAGAAAUCUUUAUUUAUAUUAAUCGAAUGACUAUAUUAAAAGUGUUUGUUUUAUUUAGAUUUGAUACAGUUGGAAAACUACUUCUUAGAUUUUAAGAGCUUUUUUAUUUAAAAAAUUUAGUAGACUGUUAGAUAAUUCAAUAAAAAUAAUAUUAUACUUACAAAUAUAUAAAUACCUAGUUAUUAUUUAAGACCAGAUUUUUGUGCAGUUAACAUCUAAAAACUUACAAAACUUGAGUUGUUUUAUAUAUUUUGAGUCACAACAUAUUAUUAAAAUGUUAACAUUUUUUAGUUGUAAAAACACGAGUUUGUAUGGUGGUUAUAGGAGAAGAAAAAUAAAUAUAAUAUUUUUGAUGCAGGACUCUCCUAUUUCAUUGCCAUAUAAAAGUAAUCAGUGUGAAAUUUGUCAUGAUGACUCACUCCCUUGCUGUGCCACAAGAGGGUUUUAAAAUGAUUAAAGAGGGUAGUUUUGUAGUUUUUCACACUUAAUUCAACAACUAUAGGUAGGUGCAACAAAAGUAGGAAAAAAAUUAUUAGGAUGAAAUAUUUAUCAGGAACUUAUAAUAAUCAUAUUGAUUUUUUUAUGAAUAUAAAAUCUGAAAACAUUUAAAAUAAGAUUUUUUUUUUCCUGGGGAAAAGUGAAUUUCGGAAAAUAAUUAUUGAUUUCAAGAACCAUUAAAAUAUCUGUUUCUAUAAGUAUAAAUUAUAUGAAUUUAAUAUCUUAAGAAGCAACAUUAAAAGCAACCAUAAAUUCCCAUUGCCGCCACAAUAGCUUAACCCUAGAAUUGCACAAAUCUAAGCAAAUAAAUGCUAAAUUAGAUUUAAUAGAUGUAAGUUAAAAAAUUAUUUUCACUAUUUUAAUAGAUUAGGAAUCUUCUAGAUUUGAUACAAAUUCUUUAAAUUUACUAAAAUGGUCUGAAUCAAACAAAUUGGUUUCUAACCAUGUUUCCCACCUUGUUAUUAUAGGAUCUGGAGGUAGGCGACAGUCCAUACAAUUAAUAUAAGUAGUUAUAUGACACAGAGCUUUUAAAAUCAUUAUUUACUAGUUUAUUUAUACCAGAGAAAGUAUCUCAUAAGUUUUUCGGUUUAAUCCAUGUGCAGCACAAGUUAUAUGAAUCAUAGUCAAAUGAAAUAUUUUUAAUGCCCCAGUUUCAUCAUAUAUAGUGCAGCAUCGCUGAUAAAUAGCAAAAUUUUGUCUUAAAUUGAAUUAAAAAAUUCCGUUAAACUAUCAUUCACAAAUCAAAAAACUAUUUCAUAGCUAGUUUGUUUUUUCCAAUUCUUAACAAGAAAUCAGAAAUGCAGUAGAUAUAAUAUUCGAAUGUAAGAUCCCAACAAUUUAAGUACACGUUUACAGCCCUCUAGAAUAAGUUAUUUUGUCUACCAUAAAUCAUAAUGUAAAUGAAAUUGUCAAUUCAUUUUUCCUGUAUUUCUGUAAGAGUAGAUUCAAAACAUAUUUUUUUGUUAAGUACUUUCAUCCGGUAUAUACUGAUUAACUAUUAACUAUUACUGAUUUGUAAAAAAUUCUUAAACAGUGUUGAUUGAAGUUUAUUGAAAGGAAUAUCUGUGACUACUAAGGCUUAGCACAUUUGUUUCAAUUAAUCAUGGCUGAGAUGCUUUUAGAUAAUAACAUUUGUACUGGUUUACACUAAUUCUUUUUAACAACAGUCAAUUGUUGAUGUCCAGUUAAUAUAAAAUUAAAAACAAGACAAAACAAAUUGUUAAUAAUUAUUGACUAGAGUAUGGAAACAUUAGCUAUAUCCUGAUAUUAAAGAGAAAAUCAGUGUGAAUGUACAUACUCGAAUAUUACAGUGUGCAUCAACUUGUGAUUUACUUUCACAACCAAUGGAUUUAAUGCACAACAAUCAAAAAAUCAUUUAACCAUCUGAUUUAAGUUCUGGAUAUUUUUCAAUCUAACACUUUAUUUUAGUAAAAUGACUGCUAACCUUUGUAAAUUAAAUAAUAUUUAAAAUAUUUGGUGUUUGUCAAAAAAGGACUAGUGUGUAUUAGUUAUGGCUGCAACAAAUAGACUGUACCUAGACUGCAUUUGCCAUAGACACGUGUGUGUCAGUCAUUAAUUAUUCCUAUAUUAAUUGCACUGUAUUAUAUUUAAAUUUAAAAGUCCAGUAAAAAUGAUAUAGUAACACAUAUUAUAAACAAUAUAUGUAUAAUUGUAAUGACAGAUUAAAACAAAUAAGACAAAUCGAAAAAAAAUAUGAAUUUCAAUGCAAAAACCUUAUAACAUGCAAUUUUGUUUACUUGAUUCAGUUUUAUAACUUGUUUCUAUAGGUAUUAAAAUACCUAAUAAAAAUAUCAAGUCUUUAGUUAUUAUUUAAGAAUAUGGAUAUUAAUGUAUCAUUAAGUCCACAGGAAUAUUUCUAUUUUAAAUAAAAAAAUACAUUCUUAAUUACCUAACUUCAUUAAACAGUCAUUUGUUUUAUAUUCCAUCAAGUAUUUUGCCUCUUAGGACCACCUCUAAAUAGCGGUCAUUAUUUACAGUUCCUUCAGUGACCAUUAUAUGAAAGUUUUAUUGAAUAUUAUAAUUGCUAUUAUAUGAUACACAUUAUACAAUUAUAGUAUUUGAACAUUAAUAUUUUAUUUUUAGGUUUCAUCUUGGGGUGGUUAUGUAUUUUUAAUCAAUUUAAUACCCAUGCAUGUAUUUGUUUUGAUGGUUACCGGUCGUUUUUCACAUAGAAUAUAUGUGGCGUACAGUACUGUGUAUUGUAUUGGUACUAUACUGUCCAUGCAAAUAUCAUUUGUUGGAUUCCAACCAGUCCAAACUUCUGAACAUAUGAUGGUAUGAAUAUUUAUGAUUAAUUGCAUAUUAAAACUUUUAUACAGUUAUUAAUUUUCUCUGCAGGCUUUAGGUGUAUUUGGUUUAUGUCAAAUACUUGGUGGAAUAAAUUAUAUGCGAACAAAAGUCGUAGGAGAUGAUUUUCAAACAUUGUUUCAAUUUAUCAUAUAUUUAAUUGGAGGUGUUGUAAUUGCUGUUGGUACUUUGCUCACAGUAACUGGUAAGAAUAAAAUAUACUAAAUUCACUAUAAUGAAUAUAUCUGCAUUUAAAAGGUGAUAUAUUUAUUGAAUUUAAUAAUAUAUAUUGUAAAGGAAAAAUUGCUCCAUGGACUGGCCGUUUUUAUACAUUGUUGGAUCCAUCUUAUGCUAAAAAUCAUAUACCAAUCAUUGCAUCUGUUUCUGAGCACCAACCCACGUCUUGGUCUUCUUUUUAUUUUGACUUACACAUCCAGGUGUUCUUGUUUCCUGUUGGUUUAUACUUUUGUUUCUCGAAACUUACCGAUGCCAAUAUAUUUGUUAUACUUUAUGGAGUUACCAGCAUCUACUUUGCCGUAAGAACAUAUAAAUUUAAUUUAUUGUGCUUUAUUUUAAUAAUUUGUAUUUAAUUAGGGUGUGAUGGUACGUUUAAUGUUAGUACUUGCUCCGGUUAUGUGUGUUUUAUCUGGUAUUGGUGCUUCUUCCAUGUUAUCUACUUACAUGACACAGUAUUUAGAGGGUUCAUCGAAAGUCCCAGAAAAAAAAAUAAAGAAAAACGAAACUAGUAAAUCGAUGAAAAGCGAAGUAAGUUAAUUGUUGAUUUAAAAAAUAUUAGAUAAUAAUUUUAUUAAAAAUUACUUUAUGUUCUGAAAAAAUAUUAGAUAAUAUUUUUAUGUCUUAUGUGUAGAUCGCUGCAGUAUUUGUAUCAAUGCUAACUUUUAUGUUAAUUUCAUAUGUGUUCCAUUGCACUUGGGUUACAUCUGAGGCAUACAGUUCACCCAGUAUUGUAUUAUCAGCUCGUUCUCAUGAUGGGUCUCAAGUUAUUUUUGAUGAUUUUAGAGAAGCAUAUUAUUGGUUGCGCAUGAAUACAGCAGAAGUGAUUUUAAAAAAUAAUAAUUUUAUUAUAUUUAUUUUUUGAAUUAAUUUAAAUAUAUAAUAUUUAGGAUGCACGAGUAAUGUCAUGGUGGGAUUAUGGUUACCAGAUUACUGCUAUGGCUAAUAGAACAAUUUUAGUGGAUAAUAAUACUUGGAAUAAUACUCACAUUUCAAGAGUAGGUCAAGCAAUGUCAUCUGGUGAAGACGAAGCUUAUGAAAUAAUGAGAGAACUAGAUGUUAACUAUGUACUUGUAAUUUUUGGUGGUGUUGUUGGUUAUUCGUCAGAUGGUAAAUUAAAAAUAUAUCUAUUCAUAUGCAUAGACAGUGUGUUAUGGGUUACCAAAUUGUUAUGGUUCAAUUUAACCUUAUAAAUAACUGUAACUCAAUUAAUUUUAUGGGAAUGUGUUUAGGUGACACUUAAGUUUGUUUUAGUUAUAUAAGGUAACACUUAAAUGACUAUGCAUAUGAAUGCACUAUGCAAUAUUAUUAAUUAUAUUUUAAUUAUAUUUUUUAAAUCAUAGAAUAUUUUUCUAGAUAUAAAUAAAUUUUUAUGGAUGGUACGAAUUGGAGGAUCAACUGAAAAAGGUAAUCAUAUUAAAGAAGGGGAUUACUAUUCACCGAGUGGAGAAUUCCGUGUAGAUAAAGAAGGAUCAAAAAAAUUGAAAAACUCAUUAAUGUAUAAAAUGUGUUACUAUAGAUUUGGUGAAGUCUUUUCUGAAGGAGGUAAUUUUUUCCAUUUAUUAGAAUGUAAAAUAGGUACUAAAUAUAUAUCUCAUAUUAUUGAUCAUCUAAUUUUAAAACUUUCGUUAAAAUAAUUAUAAAUUAUAAUAAUAAUUAUAAUUUUUCUAUUCAUUAUUACUUAUAUUAACAUUAAUUUUUUAAAUUAAGUCUAGUGAAUCUUACAAAUCUUUACAUGAGUAACAUUAUUAGUGAGUAAGAAAGUCACUUAUUUAAUUUUCCGCGUAAUUUUAUUAAUAUUUCGGAAACUUGUGAAAAGUGGAAGAAGUUUAUAAUUAUUUUUUUAGAUUUUUUUUUUAAUGUUUGGUUAGAAAUAAUCAUAGAAACCUGACGUUUUCACAGAAUAUAUACUUAUAAUAUUAAUCUGUGAUAAAAUUUCAAAACAUUCUGACAAUUUGUUGAGCUUUUUAUAAACUUUUGACAAAUAUGUGAAUAAAAUUGUUUGUUCAGGCCGAAAUGUUUGACAAUUUAACAUAAUGGUCAUUAUCAGUUGUCUCCAUAGUUAAAAAAAAAGUUGAACAUAAAGUAAUUUUUUUAUAUUUGUUUUAUGAUCAUAUUUUUUACGAAAAUCUUAAAAAUUAUAAUGUUUUAAAACAUGUAUAACUGAACCUCAUUCUGAAUUGUUUGCCACAAUAAUGAUACACCCAUCUGUUCUAUUUAGUACCAGUAAUAUUUAUUUUAAAUUCUGAGCGUAGCGGGAGAGCUAUUGGUUUUACAAUGCUGUUUAUUUAUUAUUUUUCUAGUCUGUGAACAGGUUUUUUCCUAUUAAACUUGUGCCGAUGUAUAAGUAUAGUGUAGCACCUUUUCUGAAAGUCAAUUUUAUCUACUUGGUAAGUACAUAAAUCAUUUUUUUGAUUUUUGAAAAGGUAUUUAAAAUAAAAACAAUUAACCAGGGAAUAUAAUAAGAUUUUUUCACAAUUUUGUUAUUUUAAAUAAGUAUUAGAUACUUACCACAUUUUCUAGCACAAAUAUGGUUCCAAUUGAAAAACUACAAGAGACUUCUUUGUUGAAUUAUUAAUUAAAAUUAACAAAAAUUAAGGAAUUUCAAAUUAUAUAUUACCGAACUGCGCUCAGAAUCGUCUUUUGUCAGCAAUGGUUUAUCAUUGCUUACAGAUAUACAUGAAAUAACCUUUUGUGUCCUACCUUCCCCACUACCCACCUACAACAGUGGCUGCACCCAUCCUCAUUAUCACCUCUUUUUUUUAUUUAUUUUUUUAUUAAAAUAUAUAGGUAAACCAGCUGGUUAUGAUCGUGUUCGUAAUGCAGAGAUUGGUGUAAAAAAUGUUACAUUGCAUGUAGUGGAUGAAGCAUACACAACAGAACAUUGGCUUGUACGUAUAUACAGGGUAAAAGACUAUGAUAAUCGAGGAGGGAAGAUGAAAGCGAACAAAUUGCCAAUUUAUGAUCAAUUAUAAAGUGUAUUUAUAACUUCCAAGAAACAAUAAUACGAACAAACUAUUUUAAUUUUAAGAGUUCUGUGUUUUUUCCAUAUAACUUAUAUUUCCUUUUUGAAAAUAUUCAUUAUAAAAUAUUUUAUUGAAUGUUUAUUAAUGUAAUUUCCUUUUUUUACAUAUAUAUUUCAAUCACUCAAACUUGAGGUGCUUGAAAUGUGCAUAUUAUACAACGAAAACAUUAACAUAGAUCUGCAAUUUUCUUUUCAAAAUAAAUAGAAUUUUUACUCAAAAUAAUACAAAUUCUAUUUGUUUCAAGAUAUAUGUUUAUUUGUGUUCAAAAUAAUACCAAUUAUGUAUCAUAUUAUUUAUUAUUUUACUUGAAUUGUAAUAAAAUGUGUAUGAAUUUCAUAUCAUAUGAAGCAUUUUAUAUAUUAUGAUUAGUUAUUUUUUGACAAUAUUAUUUAUUACAUUAUAUUAAUGAUAAAUCAACUGUAUGCACUAUGUUACAAUUAAUCUUUUUCAAUGUUCACUAUGAUUUUCAUAAAAACUGAGUGAAAAAUAUUAACUUAGUUUUUUUUUAAAUAAAUUCCACC